AUGACAGGGAGAACCCCAGAGGGCGAAAACUUGGAGAUCGAGUCAAUCAUGUCUUCAAUCAAUUCUCCGGACAAAUCAAGAUAUCGAGUACCCAAAGAACGGGGAAUUCCCACUAAAAGCAGAUGCGGUGAAGGUGAUGUUCUUUUCACUUCAAAAACAUGGGAAAAUCUAGGUCGAUUAUUUCACUGUUGUCUGAUGGGAUAUGAGAAGGACAAACCACACUUGUUCAAAUGGACUGAUAAGUCAGUUGUUGAAGAAAUUGAAGACUUCCAGGAAGUGGUUGACGUGGUGCUCAUUGACAAUAUCCAGUUUCAGAAUUCAAUGAGAGCUUCUGAGAUCCUGCUGAAACGACAUGAGAGUAGAAUUGGAGAUAUGGAAGAUGCAAUUGCACGUUGUCAAGCAAAGACCAUCGAAUGCAGUAGCGAAUUAAGGAUCAUAAAAGCUUUGUUUGUGUGUUGUUUAGUGAUGGUAUUCAUUUACCUCGCCUAUCCAGAUUGUCUGUUGCUGAUCACAUUGUUGUUCUAUUUUUCUUUCAAAUAA